GUCACGGAGAUUACACGGGAACCUCGCCCAAGGAUCUCUGUAUGCUACACAAAGGACCAUAAAACACAUUUAAUGGAGCCUGCCUUCAUUUGCAAUUACCUCGUGCAGGAACUGCAAGUUUGCUAUUAAAAUUCGGGUGUUGUCCUUUUGUAAUCGGUUGUCAAUCGAAUCGAAUUGUUUCCGGUGAGUUCGGAUAGAUCGUUUUAGUGUGGUGAAGAAACGACAAAAGUGUUUUUUCUGCCUUUUUUGAAUCAAUUCAGUUAUUCGGCAUUCAGCAGUCGCAUACCAUUAGUGAAAAUGCCUGAAGAUUAACGCGAUACUGGAAAGAAAAUUGGCACGAAUCGCUCAUCAGAACAUUUGGAUUAAUUCGAUAGUGGCUCCAACUUUGAGAAAAGCCAUCCCGCGAGUGUGAAGUGUGUGCAUAUUUCCUUUCAGGUAAACAGAGUCUUGCAAAGAAAAGAGGAUUUUACCAUACAGAACAUUUGUCAUAAUGAUCAGCAUUUGGUAUAACAACAAUGAUCUAAGCCGUGAUUGGAUACGUAUAGCUGGACGAUAGUACCCAUUAUACCCUAGUAAAGGGUUUCGUCCAAAAAUUAGACAUCCAACCGAACCAAGCAGUGCUCAAUUGAAUUCAUCACAACAGCAGCGUCGCCUCAGCCAACAGUUACAGCAACAGCAACAACCAUCACAUUCUCUGCAGCAAUCCGUGCAGCCAACUUCCGCUUCAUCCUCAUCCUCACAUUCCAACAGUAACAACAACGCAUCAACAGCAGCUCGCUUUUCCUCUGACAGCAGUACAAAGGUUAUGGGCAAAAACGAAAUGAAGCGUGGAAUAUCUCAAAGAUCAUCGGAUGCCGGAGUUUCAGAUUCCCCCAAGCAUUACGGUUCAGCCUCCUCCAAUUUGGUUGGAAAAUUCACCCAGAGCGUACGGCGGAUCGUGCAAGAUGUCAAGGAUGAAGGAUCGCCAAGCGGUAUGAGCCGCGAGGAGCUACUGGAGACCAACGAACGAUUGCGAGCUGUGCGCAUACGCCUGGAAGAGUCAUACGAUACAGCGAAGAAGGCUUUAGUUACCCUGAUGAACAAGUACGGUGACUCCAAAAGCCAACGGAACGUUUUCAAUCGAUACCCGAUGCUGAAAUUGAUGAUUAAGGACGUUAUUCGCUUAGAAACCCAAUACUGGACGCUAGUGGAAAUACCCAAACAGGAAAAGCUCGAAACAGUCCCCGCCUUUGUGUUACGAGCGUGCAGCAUCAUGGAAAAGUCGCAAAAGUCAGGAGAAAGUGUCAAAACGUCCGCCAAGCUAGCAGAAGAAGCGGCGGAAAAACGAGAACGGAUGGAGCGUCUGGAAAUGAUGACGACCGCACAGAUCGAGCAGGAGAACACCCAAAUGAUUAAUGAUUUGUACCGCUUACUGAAAAAGUAUACCGGUCUGAGAAACCUCAUCCGGGAGUUGAAGUCAGAGUAUGGCAAUUCUAAAAUUUACCCAAUUUUUCCGCGAUACACAAUGCUGAAGGACAUGAUUAAGGAUAUUAUGCACGAUCCAGACUAUAUGGAAGUUUGCCAUGAGCGUACUUGAAGUCAAGUAAGUCAAAACUGUCCGUCUUACACGCGAUGUUUGAUAAAGCGAUGGUACGCAGUAGGCUGUGAAAUACUACUACUUCUUCGUUUCUCUCCAACACAAACCUAGAUAUGUUUGUCUGCAGUGUUUUGUAUCAUUUAAAUGCAAGUCGAAGAAAAAUUCAGUUUACAGUAAAUCAUCUAAACUGAUAUUUAACACAAUUCAUAACCAUACUAAUUUUACGCAAAAAUGCGAUGACUAAUCACAUUACAUCCCACCCCAUCAAAUACUGUCUUUAUCUAUACAAUGUAACAUUUAACUAUGUAACUAAACAAAAAUGAUACAAAAACUGAAUCAUCGCGAAGACAAAAUUCUGAAACAUCCCACCUUUCGAUGUGACGCAUAUAAGCAUAUAGUGAGGUAAUAUUUACACAUCAAACCGAUUCAAGGAAAAACGUGUUACGUUCUUUCUAAAUCUAUCUAAAUAUUUUGUACAUUACAAACAAAAAACAAACAACACAAAUCAAGAAACACUACAGACUUACACAUAUUUCAACAAAAAAUAAGAAGAUAAUGUCGUCAUAACUAUCUGCAUACGCGAAAAAAAUGACCAAUAUUAGCUACGACUAGACGAGGAAUGCAAAAGAUGGAACAAAGAAAAUUAACAAAUCCAUACGGAUUAAUAUACUAGAGUCGAUGCGUAUAUUUGAAGACCGCUUUUCGUGUAACAGCAUAGAAAAAUGAUCAAUGCAUUACGGAGAUAUUCAACCCAAGAAAUCAGUAGAACUGAUGUUACAGCUUACUGCCAUUUCUCGGAUUUCGAUCCGAAAAAAAGUUUAUCAGAUCGGCAAACAGCUUAUUAUUAUGAUUAUCAAAGUGAUUCAUUUAACGGAUAUCCGAUCUAUACUUUUUUGAGUUCGUAUACGUUUUCUAAAAAUUUAACUUCCAGUUAAACUUACGCGACAUUUGACGAUUUUGUUUUUGAAUGUGAUUCGGUGAUCAAGCUGAAAUGCGAUAGUUUUCCGCUGAAAUAGCAAAUAUAAGUAAGAUAAAACAUGAAAAACACAAAGUAGUUAGUGAUACAUAAUCUAAUUAACACAAAACGCGACAAAUUUACACGAACAGUAAACGUAAGGAACGAUUGUUAACUUGGUUAAUGUUCAGGUCCAAAUCCAUAUUAAAACAGUAAAAAGAUUUCCAGCCUGUUAAUAAUUGCAUUUUUUCAAAACUCCAUUAGUUCAAUAACUACAAGGCCCUUAGUAUUUGCAUUAGAGAGUUUGACCACAAGAUGAGCUAUUCAGUUGCCAAGCUAGAAUAUUCUAUAAUUUGUACGUUAAUUGCUGGAUCGAUAUUAGAAAAAGCGUAAGCCACACAUUACGUCAAGGAAACAUCUGUAAUAAAUAGUAGGUAUUUGAAAUGAAGAUAGAUUGUAACUUAGAAUAGUACGCAACUUAUUAACUGAAGGUACACACAUUCAGAAUGGUGUUUAAUUGGUAUGAAGCCAAACAAAAACGUUAAAUUAGUUAUUGUUACAAGUUGGUUCAAACAUAUGAAGCAUUAGGUUCUCGAUAUGGGAUGAAUAUUUCUCUCUUUAGGUACACAAAUUACUACGAUCCAAUUACCCUUAAAGGCUUCAAUAGCUUUAACAGAAUAAACUUAUUUUCAAUUCCUAAUCAGAACAGACAGAAGCAAUUAUGUUAUUGAACGAGAACAAUAUUAGUGCGUGUUUUAAAUCUUGUUCAAAGAUGUCCUUUCUCUAUUACAGAACCACUAUUUUUGCAUCGAUUCUGUGAAUUGGAUGUCGAUCAUGAGUCCUAAAACAAUGUAUUGAGAAAAUGGAGUACUAUGAAUGACGCAGAUCUUUUAAAUACAUAACGAAGAAAAUUUGUUCUGAAUGCCUAUCCUCGAUCCUUUCAAGCAGCAAUUGGAAAUUUUUCACACAAUUGUGAAAACAGUUUGUUAGGCAGCAAGAUGCAAAAUGAUGAUUUCCACAACACUUGUCGUAUGUUAUAUACCAACGAGUAAUGCCGUACAAAUUGAGACACCUUAAGCAUGGCUUUGCUUUGUAGCCUCGGACGUUACCACGAAGCUAAAGGAGUCCAACUGAAAUCUGUUGCGUAAUGACUUUUACAUUACAUCAUUUUUUUGAAAUUUUGUAGAAAAUCACUUGAGGGUACCAGAAAUCAUGUAGCAAUGCAUUCACCAUUGUUUUACAAUUUCUGAAAAAUGGUUAUGUAAUGAUUCAUUACGCAACUCAAAACAGUUGGGUAAAGAGAAAGCGUUGCGUAAUUAAUCAUUUCACCACGUUAUGACUAUUACCACACUGCAUAAUUCAGUGCAGGAAAGUAACCCGUUUCAUGACAGAUUGGCCUGAUGAAAUCCAGCUUAUUACAAUGAAAAAUUGCAAACAAAUGAAUACCCAUCGCCUCCAUCGAAUCGCUCUGGAUUUCGCAAUGACUUAGUAAAAGACCUUCUUGGACGAUCCAAAUUCAACUCCGAGUGAGUCAAGUGAGGGAUUUUAAGUAAAAAUAGGAGCGAUGCUCCUAGAAUUGAUUCAAGUAUAAAGUCAAUUUUUGUAAUUGCAAAAAAAAAAAGUGUUAUGCGACUCGUUACAAAACUUGAUUUUGCAACUUGUUGCAUAAAUAAAAAUUGCAAACUAUGAUUGUAAACCUAAAUUAUUCGAUUAUAAUCGGCUCCAUACAAAUCUAAAAUAGAGCGCUAAACAAAUCGGAAUAUUUUCAGACCGAUUCGACUAGUUCGAAAAGAUUCUAUUCUUUUUAUAUUGAGUUAGCCUUCCGUUUUCUCUGCGUACAGUUGGUGUAUCGGAAAGGAGGUUAGGUAUGAGUUCAAAUGGUCAGUAUGGCUUUAUGGGUAUUGAACAUAAGAACAUCAGGAGUUAAUAUCUAAGCACAUCAUGGAUCAAAGAUUUCAAACACGCGCUAGUACAAACACAAGCAUUUCUAUUAAUUCUCAAAUCUAGAUGUUAAACUGUUGAAAUUAAUGUUAACAAAUUGUCUUAUUUGGUCAUCUAACAGUAAAAUAUUGCGAAAAAAAUAUCAGAAGAUGUUGAAACAAAUAGAAUUCAUGAGAAAUUUGCGAUGUCUAGUGAUGCCAGCGUAUUAUUCGUCGAGUGUAGCUAACACAAACAUUGAAUAGCAAUGUGUAUUAUUGGUUAUAUAGGACGCGCAAUAUAGCAUUUCGAAAUAAAAUGGGGUAAGAAACGCUAAAGCUAUGUUGCAAACAAAACUAGUUGUACACCCAGAAUUUGGUUUAGAAUUGAUAGAAAGUUAAACAUGCCAGUAAUUCCAAAUCAUACAAAUACACCAUCGGUUAAGAUUUAGUUUUGAAACAUCAUAAUAGAUCGAUAGCGUUGUAUCGAUACUUACUAGUUUGAAGGGCACAAAUUCAAGAACAUGAUUUAAUCGAUAUAUACUAAUUUAGAUUGUAAUCAUGAGGUUUAAAGACAAACACCAAGAGGUGAUUAUUUCUGCAAUAAUUAUGUAGAAUAGUCAGCAUAAGUUAAAAAAGUGUUUUAUUUGAAUAGAUCAUAUAAAUUAGCACUCGAAUCUAAUAGGUUCAAAAAAAAUUCUUCAGUAUGCAUACAUUUGUGCUAUUUCUAGAUAAAUAUUAUGUUUGAGUCGACAACUAAUUGGAACAGGAUGCUGAAAUCAAUAAUCAUUUUCAAAGGAUCUGUACGGAAACCAUAAGCAGCUUUUCUCUUAUGAAUCAGUUGCGAUUUAUGAACAAAGCAUGUUGAUAUGCCAAAAGUUGUUUUCAUGAUGCCAUUAUUUUGUUGUACUUUGAAAAAAUAUAUCUUUAACCGGUUGAAACUUUUGGAUGCUAUCUACUAAUACAUAUCAUAUUAUUUUUUUAUCUAUAUAACUAUUUUGAGCUACUUUAUUUGCACGGCAAAUUUAUAACUAUCAUGAUCAUGAAUUAUAAUGGCAAUAUCUUAAGCAGGUCAUUAAAUAGCAAGCAGCCAAAUCCAUAAUUUGUUGAAGUGACAUGUGUGUGCUGGCCGCAUACGGUUUCAUUGCUGCGCUGGAAGACAGAAGCAACUCAAAGGCAUUCCUAAAUAUAUUUUAAUAUGGCAUUAAGCUUUACAUCUAAAUCGUCACAACAUUUGCAAGCUACAGUGACAGAAAACAACCUUAACUGCAUUCUGCACGAAUUUUCUCGAUGCAUGCAAAAGACAAUAUUAAACUUAGUACCUUGCAAAUGUUGUAAUCACACUUACAAACCUUAAAAUACAGGAAUAUGAUGUCCAACGAUCUUUCGCAUGGCUUGAGUACAUAUUAUAACGCUAAUUUAAAAUUAUCACAGUGUACGCAAGUGCUUACAAUCGUUAGUUACUUCGAUUGCUCACCAGAUUAACAGCUAAUUUAAAAAAGAAGCUUUAUGCUCACUGCAAGUUCAUAGCUCUGUUAUGAAGAUUUAUAUUAAAAUAAAGACAAUCUAUUAUCAGCAAAUUUUUUUAUGGCAUGCAUUGUCGAAAGUGUCAUUGAUUCUGACUGCUUUAGAGACACUCUACUCUAAUCCCACAUGCUAACACGUAAACAAACCACGUCCUUAUUAAACAUCAAAUGCUUAUGUGUCUAGAAUAACCAAACAAGAAAAGAUCCACGAAAUAUCCUUAGACAUUAAACUUAUCAAUUAAUCCCAAAACACAAAAUAAACACAGAAAGCUUUAUCAUAAAAUACUAAAAACGAAACUAAAUUAAUUGAGAAUAUCCCACAACCUCAACACAAAACAAUAAAUGUGUCAUGAUUUUUCGAACCAAAUCGUUUCGAAGUAAUAAUUAACUAGCAACUAGAGCACUCUACUGUCCCUCCGCAUUUGGAAGCCGACGAUAAACAUAUUUUGGUAACCAAUUUGUUAUGGACUGUGACUGCACCUUGAAGGUAACUGUUGAUAUUUAUUUAUAUAAAAAACUAUUAUACUUCACCGGAUCAAACCAUUGGAUUACGACUUUUUCUGGGGAAAUAUGGUUUUUCGAUUUAUUCAAGGAAUUGACAAACCAUUUUUCCUUGAGAAAUACAAACCCCAAUGACCGAAAUGUUGGGUAAAGUAAAAUAGCUUUUUUGUUGUAAAUAAAAACUGAUAUAGCCAACAACAAACAGUUUGGUAACAAAAUUUGCCAGUCUCCAUCAAACAGUCGCCAAUGAAAUAGGUGUUUCGAUCAGUCCGAUUGGCUCAAAGGCAAUAACGCUAUUUUCCAGCAAUAUUAUGAGAGAUUGGCAAAUCUUUGGCUGAAAAUCUCUAUGGCAAAGAAAUAAAUAAGAAGAAUAAAAAUUUUCACCAACUCUUCACUGUCAAUAAAAGCACCCAUCCACCCACUUAUAGCAAACAUUCAAAAACUCCAAACCACACGACACCCAACUGAAUCGUGUAGAAAGUAAACUGUCGAGAAUGCAAACUGCACUGGAGCACAAACAUCACUACGGCAUCAGAAAAGGCAUACAGAUUGAUAAAAGCAGGAUGGAAAAGUUAGUCAAAAAAAAUAAACAACAGAAUCAACACAGAAAUGAAAUAAAAUAAUCAAAUUGGUUGCAUACAUGGGUAUUGGAUAGGUAAACUUCAACAAUAAAAAGCAAAAAAGAAAAAUUGUGAAAAGAAAAAAAAACAAUACGGUAAAGCAUAAUGAAACAUUGUGUAUGUGUAUGCUAAACGUAUUUUUGAUUAUUAUUUAUAUAAAACUGGAAUAUAAGUUAUUUACAAAUUGUGAAAUAUA